AUGGCUCAAAAUCGUAUAAUGACGAUCUCCAGUACCCCGGAUUCAAAUGCUAUACCUGGAGAGGACUUCGUGCACCCCAACACCUGGUACAACCAAGACUUCAACGGCUAUCGAGUCACUGAGCACCCUCUCUAUACCAAACGGCAUCUAAGGAUAGUAUGCGUUGGGGCUGGUGCCACGGGGCUUCAGAUUGCAUACAAGGCUGAGAGGAUAUUAAAGAAUGUCGACCUCCAGAUAUACGAGAAGAAUCAUGAUGUAGGCGGAACCUGGCUUGAGAACCGAUAUCCUGGCUGCACUUGUGACAUUCCUUCACAUUCAUACCAAUUCACGUGGCACAGAAAUCCAAAAUGGUCUCACUUUUACUCCUCUUCUCCGGAAAUUUGGCAGUACUUCAAAGACGUCUCUACGACCUACAACCUAGAGAAGUACGUUCAGUUCAAGACGAGCGUUGAUUCUGCGACUUGGGACGAGGAAUCAGGUAAAUGGACCCUUUCGGUACUCGGACCAGACGGCAAGGUCUUCAGUGAUACCUGUGACAUCCUGAUAAGCGGCUCUGGAGUCUUGAACUCUUGGAAGUAUCCAGCUAUCCCAGGACUUGAGAUCUUCCAGGGCAAAUUGAUGCAUAGUGCUAAAUGGGACGAUUCCUAUGAUCUCACCAACAAACGGGUAGCAGUGAUCGGGGGUGGGUCUUCUGCAGUCCAAAUCAUACCAAGUAUCCAGCCGAAGGUAAAGAAACUUAUACCCUUCUUACGGUCUCCUGUUUGGGUGACCACUGGCUUUGGUGCGAAAUAUGCAGGACCGGGUGGCACCAACUUCAAGUACUCAGAAGACCAAAUCAACCACUUUCAGGACAAGCAGGGCGACUACACGAAAUACUGGGUGGUGGACGACACAGGAGUCGAGCAUGAAGUUGAUGUUGUUGUAUGUGCCACUGGCUUUGACACCUCAUUUACGCCGCAUUUCAAGGUUGUCGGUCGGCACGGCGCGAACAUUCAGGAUCAAUUCGGUGACUUCCCAGUUGGGUAUCUGGGAAUCAUGGCGAGGAACUUCCCAAACUUCUUCUUAUUCAUCGGACCAAAUGGCCCAGCAAGUCACAGCUCGAUUCUACCUAUCCUGGAGUGGUACACCAGAUACGCGUUUCAGAUCAUCGAAAAGGUACAAACUGAGAACAUCAAGGCAUUUGAGCCAAAAGAAAAAUGCAUAAGGGAUUUGUACGACCACACCCACGAAUUAAUGAAGCGACUGGUAUGGUCUUCACCCUGUCGGUCAUGGUUCAAGAACGGCAAGAUUCAUGGACCUGUGACUGCAAUCUACCCUGGCAGUAGGCUACACUUCUUUGAGCUGUUGAAGAAUGUUCGUUAUGAGGAUUUUGAUAUUAGCUAUCGGACGGGAAACACCUACCAGUUCAUGGGCAAUGGGUAUACCGACUGCGAGAUUAGCCCAGAUGGCGAUCCGGUAUGGUAUUUCGAUGAUCCUUUUACGCAGGUAUAG